UUGUGGAUCCACAGGGAUGGGCUGAUGGGCUGCGAUGGCGAGCCUUGAGUCAUUUGGAUAUACGCUGAACAAGCUGAAGGUCGAUGUGAGAGGGUGCUGCACUUGCGAGAACGUUGAAGAGGGCGCAUCGCUGUUAGUGCUGCCCUUGAAGAACUGUUGGACUGCGCAGGCGGUGGACAAGGAGUGUCCAGCCGUGGCACAGGCCCUCCAGAAAGCCUUCGUGCGACAUCCGGAGGGGCUGGAGCUGCAAGCUGCGUGCACCAAGAUCGCGUUGCAUCUGAUUUUCGAGCAUAGGCAAUUGCAGAGAAAUCCAGAGGCAACACCUGCGGCAGCACAGGAGCUCCGGCGAAAACACCUGGAGCUUCUGGGACCUCGAAGUCGGAAAAUCGAGACCGUCUUGGCCUGGGGUCGACGCGACCUGGAGUCCCUACAAGGGAGCUUUUGGUUCGAGGAGGCCCAUCGUCGGCAGGAAGAGAUCCUGGCUGAUCUCCAAGCGUUGCUGGCAGAUCUGGGACCGGAGGUGUCCUUAGCUCUGGGUUUGAUCGACCAGCUGGAGGACGGUCGUUCCGCCUUAGAGGGCGAACUGCCGAGAGGAUCGGUGGAGGUCUACGCCUGGGCGCGCUGGAUUCUGCAAGAGCUCUCCGUGCAGUUCUUGCUGCCCGGAGGCGAUCGCCUUGAUGUCUUGGCGCCGGGACUGGAGCUGGUGCCAAAGGAUGCCUCGGGCGGCAACGGCCUUCUUCGCUUGGAGAAGGUGGAGGGCAGUCCGGCACUGGUGCUUUCGGCCAGCAAAGCACUCAAGGCGGGCGAAGCGGUCCGACUUUGGCACAAGGGCUUCGCGUGUUCCCAGGGCUUCCGUUUGCUGAUGGGUGUGGAUGGCUUGAAGGCUGCUGGGCCUUCAGAUGACAUCUCGAAUCCUUGGGAGAGCGUGGAGGUGCUGCUGCGCCUGCCUGUGAGUGCCAAGAACACCUCGGAGAACGCGCAGCUCUGGGGCAUGAUCGAAGCCUUAGAAAUGGCGCUGCAGGCCAGUCGACCGUGGCUACCCAACGAGGAACUCAUGUUAGGAGAUGCACUGCCACCAGACUAUGGCUGGCGAAGGGUUGAGGUGCUCCAGAAGGAGUCGGCCCCCGAAACGGCGCCGGAGACGGAGGAUGAGAUGCUGGAGGUCCAAGUGCGGAUGCCCUUCAGUGCGUCGACGCUACCAACAUCGGAUGCAUUGCAUCAGCUGGGGCUACUGAUUUGUGCAGAUGUGGACAGGAUGCAAAAGAUCAUGAAGGAAGAGAAGGGAAUCCUGGAUCCCCUUGGCCCGGAGGCUUGCUGCCGCCGUGCCUUGGGUUAUUUGGCCAAGACACUGCAGUGGACCUUGGAGGAAUACCCUUCUCAUGCCUCCACGGAUGCCCGACAGCUCUCGCGAAGUGCGCCAAAGGAUGUGACUGGUGGCCUCUCACGCCGUGUACGUGGAUUGCUGCUGGUCGCCGCUGAGCGAGAGUUGUUGGUGAAGGCUUUAGCCCUGAUACAGCAAGCCUUGGAGGCAGAGGAAGCUCCACGUCCCAAGACCGAGACCAGCGAGGCGAAGGAGGACUUGGUCUACUCCCUGGACUGGGACGAAGGUGAGGAUCAAGGCCCCAAGGACCCAAGUCUACCAGCCGCUCAGUUCUCAGGCCAAGCAACUGGUACCAUUAAGAGCAGGUCGAAACCAGAAGGCAUUGCGUCCACCGGCGCUACCUGGGAGGAUUUGGCGCUCGGGCCUUUGCUGGGCUUCUCCCUACCGGUGCUGUGUGAUGUGCUGUGGAGAGUAGAACCAAUGCUACCGCCGGUGUAUUCUCAAGGCGUAAGACCUGUGAAGCCCGGCUAUGUGGAGGACUCCACCACAGGAACGAUUUUCCCACCGGCACCGAAAUUCUACGACCGGCAGCCCUCGCCACAGCAGCGCCGCGUCCAACAGUUGAGUGACUCACUGGUAGCGAAGGAAUCGCAGCUGCAGAAAGCCGACACGAGCGCCCUGCCUUCCAGUGCUGCGUCCCUCCGUUGGGCUUUGCUGGAGCUUCCAGGGGGUGCCACACCCAACUUCGAGGUAAUCAAUGCCUUAGUUUCGAUGGGUUGCGAGGAUCGCCUUAUGUACCUCAACAAACAGCUGGUGGUCCAGCAGAAGUAUUUGUCUAGACUGUCUUCUGGACAACAUCCGGGCACCAUGGGAUCUGCCAAAGCAAAGACGGGGGCGUACGAUGUCCUGGUCAUACCUUUGGAAGGUUGGUUGAACUCUUCGAGACUCGAGCAGCUCUGUGUGGACCUGGUGUUAGCUGUGCAGGCCUUGGUCACCGAGAUGGGCGCCAGUGUUCUGAGGGUAAUCCUCUUGAGCUCCUUGAGCAUUGGCCCCGGUAGCUCCACAUAUCGCCGCGAUGCCGUGCAUCGUUCCGCCGCCGCGCUUGGGGUGGUACGAAGUGCACGGGCUGAACUGCCGCAGGUCCCCAUGCUCUGGCUGGACACCGAUGCGGAAGAUGGCAAGACCUUUCAGGAGCAAAUGAUGUCCGAAGUGGACUUGGCACUUCCACCUGGAGGUCAUGCGAAUCCAAGUUCCUUGGAACGUGCGCAAUGCCUCAUGGCCCACAACAGGGAUGUGGCGUACCGGCAAGGGCGGCGAUGGUUGCCAAGGUUGGAUUUGAGUCCCAACAUGCCUAUUUAUUCGGGUCGCGUGGUUCCCACACUUCCACCCCAUGUCACCGGAACUGGAGUGGCAUUGAUUACAGGUGGUGUUGGCGGCCUCGGCUUGGCGGCGGCCGAAGCAUUGGUGGAGCUAGGAAUGAAACGCUUGGUGUUGAGCUCCAAGAAUGGCAAUCUGCCUGAUGAGCAGGGCGUGGCACAGCGAGUGCAGGCGAUGAAGUCCUUGGGCGCCCAGCUCUGGAUCGAAGCCUGUGACGUGGCAAAGGAGUCGGACGUGCGAGAACUGCUGGAAAGAAUCCAAGAUCGCCAUGGACCUUUGCGAAUGGUGAUCCACGCCUCUGGCGUUCUGGAGGACAGACCCUUCAUGGAACAAGAUGCGGAAUCCUUCCGCAAGGUCUUUGAACCGAAAGCAUCGGGCGCAUGGUAUUUGCAUCGUCACACCUUAGAUGACAAGCUCCAAAACUUCCUCCUCUUCUCCUCCGUGGCGGCCUCCCGGGGCAGUUCCACCCAGGCCAACUAUGCUGCUGCCAAUGCGUAUUUGGAUGAACUGGCCCGCUUGCGGGCUGCACAUGGGCUGCCUGCAGUCUCCAUCCAGUGGCCUGCAGUUGCCCCGUGGCUGGAGGAACCUGAAGAACCCCCCAGCGUGGCAAUCUGGAAUGGGAUGCCCACAGGUUUGGAGAAAAAGACCAGCACCAGUAGCAUCAGCUUAGCUGUCGUUCGGCAGGUGGUGAAGCUCUCAGUGCUGAACUUGAAACCCAUCGAACCAGUGCAGGCUGUGUUACCGGGGGCAUACCUGUCAUCCACCUCCCCAACAGUUCGAAGUCUCCUCCAUCCAUUGCUGGCGCGCAGCAACAAAAGACAGGAGAGCUCCAUGAGCCUGUCCGUCGAUAAGGGAUCCGGGCUUCCAAUUAGUGGGACGAAGCUGUGCCUACAGCUGACAUGAGCCCAGUGGCCGUGGCCUUUGCGACAAAGUUUCCUCUUGCUUCCAUUUAAUCAUUUAGUAGGUCGGAAUCCAAUGAUGCCACCAGUAGAUACAUCUCAUCGCCACUGACCCGAAAAAAAACGUUGUUUCCUGAGUCGGCAUCGGUUUUUUUUGUUUGACGCGUGUCAUCGGAUUAUCCUCGCUUCUGGAAAACGGCGUGCGAUG